UUAUAGCAGGACUGCGGCGGGCAUUCUGACACUGGGGAGGAACUGACUAACUUUCACUGACAUCCCCAGUGACACCAAUACAGUGAUCAGUGCUAAUAAAAAGCACUGACACUGUACUAAUGACACUGGGCAGGAAGGGGAUAAGGUGGGGUGAUCAGUGGCUUAACUGUGUGCUGUGUGCUGUUUCACUGUGUGCUAUGUGUGUGCUUUACACUGUAAGCACACUGCUUUGUAUGGCUCUGCCAGUGUGCAGGAGUUGACAGGGGAGAGAUCUGUAUUGUUUACAUACAGGGCUCCCUACUCGGAAAUGCAAAAUCA